UCAGUGCAGCUCUGUGAACUUUAAAAGUCUGUUUUAUGCAGCUCCUGUGAGUACAUUUUGUCUCUAUCUAUCAGGUUUACAACAUUGCAGUACCUAAUGUGGUCGAUCGUACUUUAAAGAUGCUCCCGAAUAAACUGAUCACUAAUGUGACUCUCUUGAAGAGUUUUUCUUUUCCCCUGGGUGAACUCAUUCCAAAAUAUUCAGUUCACGUUAAAAGCAAUACGCGCUAUGAGGAUGCUGACCAUGCCGCGCGACUCUGCUGUAGGCGGGACUAUUAAGAACUUCCCUCUCGGUCUCAGUUGUUAGAUAUUCAGUAUCAGUGCGUUAUUGCUCAUUUAGUCCCGCCGCUGUGUAAUUAGCACUUUAAUGAAGUUACAUGCUAAAUUAUACGCUGAAAGCGUGGGAUUCAUACCUGUCGCAACGUAAGCAGACGGAAGGAGAGGAUCGGCCCGAUGUCAGCGAUGAGCGACAGCCGCUCUGAACAAAGCACCGAGCCCGAGGGGGAUGAACUGGAGACGCUGAGUUGGUACCACGGUGAUCUGUCUCGCCACAAAGCGGAAGCCCUGCUCAUGUCCAACGGCCAAAAAGGAAGCUAUCUGCUCCGCGACUGUUACGAAGGUCCCGGUUGCCUCGCCCUAUCAGUAAGGGCCGACGACUCGGUCAAACACUUUCAAGUGACCCGGAAGGACAAGUGCUACACAUUUGGAUUUCAGGAGUUCUCAUCGCUCCGGGAAUUCAUCCAUCAUUUUGCCAACCAGCCCCUUGUAGGAAGUGAAACAGGGUGCCUCAUCAUCAUGGAGUUUCCGUACCCACGGGAGGUGGAGGAGCCCUGCGUUUACGAGCCCGUGCUGGUGCACACGGCCAUGCACACUGGAAUGACGGCGAAGGACCUGGUGGCCAGUGCACCUUCGCUGGGAACAAAGGAAGGUUUUCUAGUCAAACAAGGUGCAAUAUUUAAGAGCUGGAAAACAAGGUGGUUCACUUUAAAUAGGAACGAACUGAAGUAUUUUAAAAACAAAUUGUCUGUCGAGCCAAUUCGAACCCUCGAUUUGAGAGCGUGUUCUGCAGUCCAGGCUGAUUUCUCCAGAAAGAGAAUAAACUGCUUCUGCAUGGUGUUUCCUGAAAGGACCUUUUACAUGUGUGCUUUCACUGGCAUGGAGGCAGAGGAAUGGAUCACCAUACUAAGCUGGAAACUAUCGCACAUCCAAAAAAGCCCAUGAGGAAAGGAGAAGUCGGGUCAGGGAGCAGUGGCUGAAUUUAGGCCGAGAACGAGAGACGCUGAGGAUGACAGGUCCUACACGCUGUCCGAGCCGGGGAGUGAGUGUCGCGCUUCGUCAAAAGGCCGGGACCGCAGUCUCCAGGAUUAUUAUCGCCUAGCAACACUUUGAGAGCUCUGAAACAGUGCCUCGAAGUUUUCAUGUAAAAAAUGUAAAUUCAAAGCUGUUUCUUGAGUUUUUUUUCUGUAAAGGUGUACAGAUUUACAGUCUGACGGAAUUAGAUAGGACACAAGGCAGGGCCCAGCCUGAUUGGAAUGACAGUACGUCACUAAGCACAUUCAAACGCACACCCUAUGAGUGCUUAGUGCUCCAGCACUUGUCCACUAAAACCAGUAUUUGGAGAAUAUUUUAGUACUAUUCUAUGCACUGCUAAAACCAAUGCCAAUCUGUCUUCCAAAUGCUGAAUCAUGGAGUCAUAGGGGGAGGGGCAACCCUCUGUGUAACCCAAGAACCCUUAAUUAUUAAUACUAAUUAUUGCAAAUAAUUCAUAACAAUAAAUAAUGGAGAGUGUGGGAACUCAUGCAACCAUUUAACAAAACGUUUGAUGCAAAAGA